AUGCUUCCAUCAAGAGGUUCAACUCAAAAGAAAACUGUUGAGGCAACAUUUUCACAAAGAACUGGUAUGGUUUAUAUCUUUAAUAUUAUUGUUGGUACUGGUGCAUUAGCUCUUCCGAAAGCUUUUCAUGAAGGUGGUUAUGUAUUAAGUACUUUGUUAUUAUUAAUACUUGGAUUUUUUAGUUAUGUUACGGCGACAUAUAUGAUUGAAGCAAUGGCUAUUGCAAACUUUAUGAAAAGAAAAAUAGUAAAUCGCCGUCUUGAUACAAUUAUAUCAACAACAAGCGAUGAAGAAGAAAAUAUUGAUGGAUCAGAUCAAGCUUCGUUGUUACCUAGAGCCAUCAAUGAUGAUGAUGUAUAUGUUUCAACAGGAACUGAAGAACGACAUGAUUUUGAUAUUGUCGAAAAAGUUGAAAUGGUCAUGGGCUUAGUGAUAUUUUAUUUUUGUAUAUCAUUGUACCUCUUCGGAGAUUUGGCAAUUUAUGGUUCAGCUGUACCAAAAUCAAUUCGUGAUGUUAUUUGCACAUAUGAACCAAUUAAUUGUACAAAUAUCACGAUAAAUGAUUUAUGUUGGGCAAGUUCUUCAUUAACACGGCAUCAUGUUUAUCAAAUAUUUGUAGCAACAUUUUUUUGUACAUUGGGUAUAUUUGUUUUUGGUAAUGCACAAAAGACAAAAUUUCUUCAGAUAGUAACAACUCUAUGUCGUUGGACAGCUUUUCUCUCCAUGAUUAUUCUAUGUAUUGUUCAUCUUGCCAAACGAUCAAGUAGUGAACAUCCAAAUCCAAUUCAUCCACCUGUAUUUCAUUUUCGUAGUCUUCCACGACUUUUUGGUAUUUGUGUAUACAGUUUUAUGUGUCAUCAUUCAAUUCCAAGUAUAAUAGCACCAAUACGUUCAAAAGAUAAACUUAAAUCUUUAUUUGCAUAUGAUUAUAUAUGUAUAGCAUUAUUUUAUUUAUUAUUAUCUUUAACAGCUAUAUUUACAUUUGACACAUUUGAAGAUCUUUAUACAUUAAAUUUUCGUCCAACAACACGAUGUGCUCAUUCAAACGUUGAUGUACCGAAAGUAUUAGCUUAUUUUAUAGCAUUAUUUCCUGUAUUUACAUUAAGUUCAAGUUUUCCAAUAAUUGGUAUUACAUUAAGAAAUAAUCUUGAAACUGUAUUAAAAUCAUGUGUAAAUGUUAAACGAAAACAACGUAUUGUACUUGUUGUAUUUGUUCUUUUAUUACCUUGUACAGUUAGUAUACUAAUAGAAAAUAUUAAUUUUCUUGUUGGUUUUACUGGUUCAUAUGCUGGUGUAGCUGUACAAUAUGUUAUACCAGCAUUAUUAGUUUAUAAUGCACGACGUCAAGCACAAGUUAAACAUCGUCAACCAAUACAUUUUGUUAAUCAAUCAUUUUUUCAAAAUAAAUAUUGGGUUUUUUGUGUACUUUUAUGGGCAUGGGCAGCUAUUAUUGUUAUAACAAUAUAUAAUAUACUUCCAUCGAGUAUUUUUAUGUAA